AUGUACUUCAAGUCGCUUUACCCUGAAAUCCCACAUAUUCCAGACAUCAAUUACGUCGACUUCUUACUUGCGCGCCCGGAGGUUCAGCAGUGGCCAGACUUCCCGGCCUACAUAGACGGUAUCACAGGCCAGAAAAGGGGGUUUCGAGAAUUCGUAAAGCGCAUCGAGGAUGCUGCGACCUCUCUAGGCGCUCCAAUAGAAGAGGGGGGGAUGGGGCUCAGAGGGGAUCGCGGGGAGAUGGUGGGAGUCUUGAGCGAGAAUUGUUUAGACUACCCAACUAUCUGUUUGACUCUUUGCAAAAUCGCAGUGCCCUUCGCACUGCUCCCCGCAUUUUCCACUCCGUCGGAAACGACCGCCCUACUGCGGCUGGCAAAGGUCACUCGAAUAUUCGUCAGCCCAAGACUGCUUUCCCUCGCAAGGACCGCUGCGAAAGAACUUGGGUUGGCAGAUGAUCGAAUCUAUGUUUUGCAUGGUCGGGGCGAUGGAAGGAAGACUCUCCCGGACCUGAUCAAUGAUUCCAGGGCGAAUAAAAUUCCAUCUGUCGCUACGCGCGCAGUGAACAAAGACACCCUAGCAUAUCUGGUAUUCUCCAGCGGGACAAGCGGAUUGCCCAAAGCUGUCAUGAUUUCGCAUAGGAAUAUGUGCUACUCUUCUAUGCAGCCAGCUAUCACGAGUGCCGAGGUAGCGAGGUGUGUUGCGCCGAAGCCAUUGGAUACGCCUGGCGGGUAUCCCGUCGCCAUAGCUUUCCUACCGCUCUACCAUGCGAUGGGCUUGCACAGCUACGUCUUCCGUGCAUUUUUAUCGCCUUCAACAGUCAUUAUCCUUCCCAAAUGGGACGUCGAUCUUGCACUCAGCCUGAUACCGAAGUAUCGUGUAUCCCACCUCUCAUUCGUGCCAUCCAUCAUACAGCAGCUAGUGGCGUCGUCGAAGCUGGACAAGGCAGACUUGAGCAGCAUCGCCGUCAUAGGAAGCGGAGCAGCCCAUCUACCUAGGGAGUUGAGAGACAAAUUGGGCAAACAUGCGAUCAAUGCGAGAGAUCACUAUGAGGGUUAUGGCAUGUCUGAAUGUACUAUUUCGGCGCUGUUUACACCUUUUGCCGGGAUGUUCGACAAUCGUUUCAAAGACGCCCGAUACAUGACAGGGAUCCUCCUCCCCGGGAUGGAGGCGCGGAUCAUCCGGGAGGAUGGGAGCGAAGCAGAUUACAACGAGCCUGGACAGCUUUUGCUGCGUGGGAAGAACGUCGCGAUGGGCUACUGGAACAACGAGAAGGCCACGAAGGAGGCUUUCUUGCCCGAUGGCUGGUUGGUCACGGGCGAUCGCUUUAAGGCAGAUGAAAACGGCGCAUUCUACUAUGUUGACCGAGCAAAGGAUACGUUGAAAGUCUCGGGGACCCAAGUCUCACCAACCGAAAUCGAAGACACGCUCCUCCAACACCCCGAGCAGCUCAUUAGCGAUGCUGCAGUCGUCGGCGUGAACGGCAGCCGCAUGACAGACGAGAAAGUGCCCCGCGCUUGGAUUGUCCUGACCGACGCAGGGAAGCAGCGCGGGUCACAGGCGGUGUUCACGGCCCUUGACAUAUGGGUGAAAGAAAGACUGAGCCGGCACAAAUGGCUGAGGGGCGGUUAUCAGGCCGUCAACGAGAUCCCGAAGUUGCCUACCGGCAAGGUGCUCCGUCGCGUACUCCUUGAGGAAUAC